UCAAAUGGGUAGCCACAAGGCUCUUGCCAUCUCCUUUCUUGCAUUCUUGCUUUGCUUGUGUUCGGUUGCCAAGGGUGGGAAUUCCCAACUACAAACUUAUAUAGUCCAUGUCCAUCCUCCUGAAAGCACCGUGUUCGCCUCCGAUGGUGACCGGAAGAGUUGGUAUAGAUCAUUCUUACCAACGACCAGCGCAAGCGGGGAUGAUGGAUCCCGGAUGAUAUACUCUUAUGAGAAUUUGGCUAGUGGCUUCGCUGCAAGGCUAACCAAGGAGGAAGUGAAGGACAUGGAGAAAAAGGAUGGGUUCAUUUCUGCAAACCCAGAUCGAUUACUUCAGCUCCUGACCACACGAACGCCGAGCUUCUUGGGGCUGCAACCCCAACCAAAGGCCUGGGUUCGGAAAAACCAUGGCGAGGGGGUCGUCAUCGGGGUGCUCGACACUGGUGUCGUCCCCAGCCAUCCAUCAUUUAGUGGCGAGGGGAUGGCCCCCCCGCCUGCCAAAUGGAAAGGGCGGUGCGAGUUCCAAGCUUCUGAAUGCAACAACAAGCUCAUCGGGGCGAGAGCUUUUCUGUCCGGUGCAAUGGCCAUGGAAGGAGCAGGGGCAGUGCCGAUGUCUCCUCUGGAUGACAACGGGCAUGGCACCCACAUAGCGGGCACCGCAGCAGGAGCGGCCGUGAAGAACGCCAGCGUGCUCGGGCAAGCAGGAGGGACGGCUGUCGGCAUGGCACCCAAAGCUCACCUUGCAAUAUACAAGGUGUGCACGGGAAAGGGCUGCGCGGUCAGCGACGUUUUAGCAGGAUACGACACCGCGGUGGCGGACGGAGUCGACGUGAUCUCGAUCUCUCUCGGCCAUCAUGGCGUUCCUUUCUUCCAGGAUGAAGUCGCCGUCGGUACAUUCCGUGCGAUGGAGAAGGGAGUGUUCGUGAGCUGCGCCGCUGGGAAUGAUGGCCCAGGCAGCAGCACUCUCUCGAACGACGCCCCGUGGAUGCUUACGGUGGGGGCGAGCACCAUCGACCGGAACAUAAGGGCGACGGUUAAGCUCGGAAAUGGCACAGCACCGAUCGUGGGAGAAUCACUCUACCAGCCCAAAGACUUCCCGUCGACUCCGUUGCCUCUGGUGGACGCUGGGGCCGGUGGAGAGAGCGGCGCCGCCUUCUGCGGCAAUGGCUCAUUGAACGGCCUCGACGUCAAGGGCAAGGUGGUGCUAUGCGAGCGCGGGGCAGGCAUUAUUCAGGUUGCCAAGGGAGAAGUCGUGAAGGCAGCCGGAGGAGCAGCCAUGAUACUGAUGAAUGACAAGCCCAGUGAGUUCAGCACCCUCGUCGAAGCCCACGUCCUCCCAGCAUCGCACGUCACUUACGCCGACGGGCUUAAGAUCCGGGCCUACAUCGCUUCCUCAUCCAAACCGACCGCGACCAUUCUAUUCCAGGGAACAAUAGUCGGGACCUCGCCCGCGCCGGCCAUGGCAUCAUUCUCUUCUCGAGGCCCCAGUACUGUGAGCCGGGGGAUCCUGAAGCCGGACAUCACCGGCCCCGGUGUCAGUAUUAUUGCUGCAUGGGCGUCCGCGAUCGGGCCGCCCUCGGCAGCCGGCAGCACCGGUCCGUUCUUCAAUGUAAAAUCCGGCACCUCCAUGUCCACCCCUCACCUGAGUGGGAUUGUUGCACUGAUAAAGAGAAAACAUCCCGAUUGGUCCCCGGCCGCGAUCAAAUCAGCGAUCAUGACGACGGCCAGCGUAUUCUCCCAAAGCAGGAAACGAAUUGUCGACGAGACUCUCCUCCCAGCUGAUUUCUUCGCGAUGGGUGCCGGUCAUGUUAAUCCGGUCAGGGCAGUCGACCCCGGCCUAGUCUAUGAUCUUCAUGCCAAUGACUAUAUCUCCUACCUCUGUGGCUUGAACUACACCAGCAAGCAGGUGGGGCUCGUCGUUGGACGUCCGACCGACUGCUCCAAGGCUGGGAGCAUCGCUGGGAAAGAUCUGAACUACCCUUCGAUCUCUGUUUCGUUAGGGACGAAAGGCGGCAACGUGACGGUGAAGCGGACGGUGAGGAACGUCGGGCUGGCGGCGAACUCGGUCUACCGGGCAAAGGUUGAAGUCCCCAAGCAUGUUUCGGUGUGCGUGGAGCCCAAGAUGCUUGCUUUCCAUCGUCUCAACCAGGAACUGAGCUUCACGGUGACCAUCAGCUCCGGUCCCCAAGAAUCGGGCGUGGCUGAGGGGCAGCUGAGUUGGGUAGGUGGCGGCCACUACGUGGUUAGGAGCCCCAUUUCUAUCACCCAUGAGUAGUGGAACCUAGUCUGUGAAAGGCCGCGAUGCAAGUGUUGGUUUAUGUGGCCAAGCUGUUGACUGGAGCAAGAAAAAUAAGUGGGCACCUAGGCGGAACUUGAUUGCAAUUGUGUUUGCAUCGGAUUCUAUAGAAGU